GUCCCCUUCCACCUUCAGCCAUUUUAAGCAUGUUAGGAGCUGUAGGACGCUGCUGCACCGGGGCGUUGCAGGCCCUUAGGCCUGGGGUUAACCCCCUGAAAGUCAUCCAGGGAUCACCUGCUGCUUUGUAUUCACGUAGAAACUAUGCAGCACAGACUGCACCCUCUGCAAAACCCGGAGUUGCAAAUGGACGUAUUGUGGCUGUCAUUGGUGCUGUUGUGGAUGUCCAGUUUGAUGAAGGUCUGCCUCCAAUCCUCAAUGCAUUGGAAGUAUCGGGGCGUGACACUAGGCUCGUGUUGGAGGUGGCCCAACAUCUUGGGGAGAAUACUGUCCGAACAAUUGCCAUGGAUGGAACAGAGGGUUUGGUGCGUGGUCAGAAAGUUCUUGACACUGGAGCUCCAAUUCGAAUUCCAGUUGGUCCUGAAACAUUGGGAAGAAUUAUGAAUGUAAUUGGCGAGCCUAUUGAUGAAAGGGGACCAAUUACCACCAAGCAGACGGCUGCCAUUCAUGCAGAAGCUCCAGAAUUUGUGGACAUGAGUGUUGAGCAAGAAAUCCUGGUGACUGGUAUCAAGGUGGUAGACCUUCUAGCUCCCUAUGCCAAGGGUGGGAAAAUUGGCCUGUUUGGAGGUGCUGGUGUAGGCAAAACUGUACUUAUCAUGGAGCUGAUCAACAAUGUGGCUAAAGCCCAUGGUGGAUAUUCAGUGUUUGCUGGGGUGGGAGAGCGCACCCGUGAAGGCAAUGACUUGUACCAUGAGAUGAUCGAGUCUGGUGUAAUCAACCUGAAGGACACCACAUCUAAGGUAGCACUUGUAUACGGACAAAUGAAUGAGCCCCCUGGUGCUCGUGCUAGAGUUGCCCUCACUGGUCUAACUGUUGCUGAAUAUUUCCGUGAUCAAGAAGGACAAGAUGUGCUGCUUUUCAUUGACAACAUUUUCCGAUUUACUCAGGCUGGAUCAGAGGUAUCUGCCUUGUUGGGUCGUAUUCCCUCAGCUGUAGGUUACCAGCCAACCCUGGCCACUGACAUGGGUACUAUGCAGGAAAGAAUUACGACAACCAAGAAAGGCUCCAUUACAUCAGUACAGGCCAUUUAUGUGCCUGCUGAUGACUUGACUGAUCCUGCUCCAGCUACCACCUUUGCUCACUUGGAUGCCACAACUGUGCUCUCUCGUGCAAUUGCUGAGCUGGGCAUUUACCCUGCUGUUGACCCACUGGAUUCUACAUCACGUAUCAUGGACCCCAACAUUGUAGGACAAGAGCACUAUGAUGUAGCUCGUGGAGUGCAGAAAAUCCUUCAGGACUACAAAUCCCUGCAAGAUAUCAUUGCUAUUUUGGGUAUGGAUGAAUUGUCAGAGGAAGACAAGCUGACCGUGGCCAGGGCUCGCAAGAUUCAGCGCUUCCUGUCUCAGCCCUUCCAGGUAGCAGAAGUAUUUACUGGUCAUCUUGGAAAACUGGUCCCACUUAAAGAGACAAUCAGUGGAUUCCAGAGCAUUCUUCGUGGUGAGCAUGACAGUCUGCCCGAACAAGCCUUUUACAUGGUUGGCCCAAUUGCGGAGGUGGUCCAGAAGGCAGAGAAAUUGGCUGAAGAACAUGCGUAAUCAAAAUAUUGACUGAAACAUUCAAGGGAGCACUUGGCUUUAUGACGGGGUGUAAAAUUCAAAACUGGUCAACUGUCUUGUCAUCUGAGGUUUUGUUCUAUUUAAUGUUUUCCAUUUAAAUCUGGAGUUGGAAAUAAAAUCAAUUAUGACAACAGUUCA